CCAUUUCUGCCAGUAUAAAAGGAGAGGCAUGCACUCGUCCUUCCCCGUAGCGAGCCAAAGAAGAGGAAGCUACUCGAGUGCCUUCCACCACCCUCAAGCCAUGGCGCUGGCCUCCACCAACGACGCGCUGCUUGCCAACUACGUCCCCGUCUACGUCAUGCUCCCUCUGGGCGUCGUCAACGCCGAGAACGUCUUCGACGACCCCGACGGGCUACGGGAGCAGCUGAAGCAGCUCAGGGCGGCCAACGUCGACGGCGUCAUGGUGGAUGUCUGGUGGGGGAUCAUCGAGACCAAGGGCCCCAAGUGCUACGAGUGGAGCGCCUACAGAGAGCUGUUCAAGAUGGUGCAGGAGGAGGGGCUCAAGCUGCAGGCCAUCAUGUCCUUCCACCAGUGCGGCGGCAACGUCGGCGACGCCGUCUACAUCCCCAUACCGCAGUGGGUGCGCGACGUCGCCGCCGCCAACCCGGACAUCUUCUACACGAACAGGAGCGGCACCAGGAAUCCGGAGUACCUCUCCCUCGGGGUGGAUAACGAGCCGCUCUUUGGCGGGCGUACCGCCGUCGAGCUCUACAGCGACUUCAUGAAAAGCUUCAGAGAGAACAUGGCGGACUUCCUGCACGCUUGUCUUAUCAGGGACAUAGAGGUAGGCCUCGGCCCUGCCGGAGAAUUGAGGUACCCAUCCUAUCCACAGGUCCAGGGAUGGAAUUUCCCGGGCAUUGGGGAGUUUCAGUGCUACGACAAGUAUGUCACGGCAGAUUUCCGUCAAGCUGUAGCCGAGGCAGGGCAUCCUGAUUGGAAGUUGCCAGAUGAUGCAGGUGAGUACAAUGACACCCCCGAGAAGACAAAGUUCUUUGCAGAGAACGGGACGUACCUCACAGAGAAGGGGAAGUUCUUCCUGACUUGGUACUCCAACAAGUUGCUGAAGCACGCAGACCAGAUCCUUGAUCGGGCCAACCAGGCUUUCCUCGGAUGCAAACUGAAGCUUGCCAUCAAAGUGUCUGGUGUUCACUGGUGGUACAAAGACGAUAGCCAUGCAGCAGAGCUCACCGCGGGCUACUACAACUUGAAGGUGCGAGAUGGCUACAGAACCAUUGCACGGCAGCUGACGAGGCACGAUGCCGUUCUGAACUUUACCUGCGUCGAGAUGAGAGACUCCGAGCAACCCGAAGAAGCCAAGAGUCGGCCUGAGGAGCUCGUGCAGCAGGUGCUGAGUGCGGCGUGGAGGGAGGGGAUCGAAGUAGCCUGCGAGAAUGCACUGAAUCGGUAUGACACGGCAGCAUACAAUGUAAUGCUGAGGAACGCGAGGCCGAAUGGGAUCAAUCCGAACGGCCCUCCCAAAGUGAGGAUUUCUGCAUUGACGUAUCUCCGACUCUCGGACGUUCAGCUGGAGAGCGAAAACUGGGCGAUAUUUAAAUUGUUCGUGAAGAAAAUGCAUGCUGAUCAGGAUUAUUGCCCGGAUUCACAGAAUUUCUUCAAGCCCAUCACACCUAUGAAAAGAUCGAAGCCAGAGAUACCGAUCGAGAAGAUCCUUGAAGCAACAGAGCCUUUGGAGCCAUAUCCAUUUGAUCCAGUCACUGAUAUGUUCAGUGAUGAGGCCUCCGAGACUUCCUAGGUUGAGCAAUCAAGAAGAUAAGAUAAAUAAGAUCCUUCCUGCAGUGGAUCCGUGAGGAACAUCAACCUAGUUAUGAGUUUGUGAACUACAAUAAGUAAGAGCUUGUGACAUUAAUAAUGUCUAUUCCAUGUUGUGUGUGAUAAUGUAUGCGUGAGACUACUAGAAAAAUGCUAUCAAGAAUAAAGUUUCAGGAACUUUAUGUUGGUUUAGCAUCUCUAAAAUGAUGUUAAUUAGGACCCUGAUAUUUACUUUGUGAUAUGAGACUCUCUUACAAGA